AUGCCAUAUUCACCGAGACUGACAUGCAAAGCCGCCCGCUUGUUCAAUGCUGCAGUCGCGACAUCUCAGUCUGAGCUCGCCCACACAACACUUGCGUCAAUCAAGGGAUCAGGCAAUGACGAUGCCAUUCUCGCUCUUUCCUCGGAUGCUGGGCAAUCCGCAAUUAAUCUCUGUCCAAACUGUCUUCUGCAACGCUUCGACCAGUCCUAG